UUCUCUCCGCGGCUUGUCGGAGGUUUUGCAGCGUGUUGGAGAUGUUUCUGCGCGGAGUUGUCUUCGUCGUCUGCUUUCUGACGAGUCGUCAGCUGCGGCUUUGUGCGGCGGAUCUUUGCAACUGGAGUGGAAGUGGUUUCCCCGCUGGAGUGGACACCAGGAUGGUCCUGCAGGUGCGACUCCGCUGCACAGAGGGUUCUGUGAGGUGGGUCCACCCGGGCCAAGCUCUGAGGGUGGUCCUCGAGCCCAAUCUCUCCUCCGUUAAGCGCACCUCAAUCUGCAUCAAACCGUUCCGGACCUUCGGCGGCGCCAACCUGUUCGUAGAAAGGGACGGGACACUGGAGCUGCUGGUCACGGACGACCAGAGGGCAGAACAUGUCAGGUGUUUUCCAGCUGAGGGACCACAGAUGCCCGCCAUCUACAUCCAGAUGAGCCCUCUGGGAGACGGACCAUGGAGUCGACGUAGGAUGGGUUUUAGAUAUGAGCUGACGGCCAAUAGGAGAGCAGCAACCAGCCUGGACCACACUACUUCAUGUCGGCCAUGCGACGACACCGAGCUGCUGAUGGCCGUCUGCAACAGUGACUUUGUGGUCCGAGGCUACAUAGAGAACGUCCUGCACGACCUCGGUGGUCACACAUCGUUGGUGGAAGUGUUGGCGGCGAGGGUUCACUGGCAGCGUAGCGCCGUGUUCCGGCGUCAUUCCGACCCUUCCGGGUCGCCGCGUCCGUGGCGCGGUGUCAUCCGGGCACACCUGCAGUGUGGCGUGAGGCCCGGAGACGGAGAGUUUCUUUUCACGGGGUCAGAACACUUUGGGGAAGCUUGGCUGGGGUGUGCCCCACGUUAUAAAGACUUCCUGGCGGUUUACCAGACCGCUAAGGCGUCACGGCAGAUUCUCUGUGACUUUCCUUUGGACUAAGGCAUACUUGCCAACCCCUCCCGAAAUCCAGAGCCUCUCCCGAAAACCUCCCAGGACAAAUUUUCUCCCGAAAAUCUCCCGAAAUUCAGGCACACAAUAUAAACGGCAUACCUGCCCAAUCACGUUAUAACUGUAGAAUGAUGGAGGGCGAGUUCUUGGUUUCUUAUGUGGGUUUAUU